UCUGAUACAUCCAGUCGUGUGGUAUUGUGCGGCGUGCAAGUACAAGCACGCAACUCAGACGCAGGAAAGUUUAACUUGUUUUACAUGUAUGGUCCUUGAGACAUUUUAUUUUUUCGUUUCAUUAUGUCUUGUGUGGCAGGAAAAACUAUUUUAGUUACAGGAGCAGGUCAAGGCAUUGGAAAAGCACUGUGUCUGAAAUUGGCUGAUAAUGGUGCAACUGUCAUAGCACUGUCUCGCACUCAAAAUCAUCUUGAUGAGUUGGUGCAUGAAAAUUGUAACAUUCUGCCAGUCCAAGUUGAUCUGUCAAACUGGCAAGAAACAAAACAAGCUCUGACAUGCAUAAAUAAUAUUGAUGGGCUAGUGAAUAAUGCGGGCAUUGCACUAAAUGCUCCGCUUCUGCAAAUCACCGAGGAACAAAUUGACAGAUCAUUCAACAUCAAUGUGAAGGCUUUGAUUAACGUUACGCAGACAGUUGUUCCCAAGAUGAUUGAAAAAAAACAAGGAAGCAUCGUGAAUGUUUCUUCUCAAGCUUCCUUGGCUGGAUUAGCAGAGCAUACUGUCUAUUGUGGAACAAAAGCUGCCGUGGAUGGUUUAACUCGAGCUAUGGCACUAGAACUAGGAGAACACAAUAUUCGAGUAAAUACUGUUAAUCCAACAGUAGUGAUGACAGCAAUGGGGAAACAAGUGUGGUCAAAUCCUGCCAAAGGCAACCCUCUAAAAGAAAAAAUCCCACUACAUAGAUUUGCAGAGGUAGAUGAUGUUGUUGAUGCAAUAAUAUUCUUACUAAGCGACGGGUCUAAAAUGAUCACUGGCACAAACUUACCAAUUGAUGGUGGCUAUACGGCAGUAUAAUUUUUGCAUCCGAACAAGCAAGUAACAAUAUUGCACCACUGUUUCGGAGGAAAAUGAUCACAGUUCUUAGUAAAGAAGAUUUGAAAGAAUUCUGAGUUCCACUGAAGGAACUUCUCAUUCUAUUAUUCCCCAUCAGAGUAAGAAUGUACCUAAUUUCAUCAGACUCUUGUUUAUGCAAAAUAAUAAUAUAGGUUAUAGCUGUCUUUUUGUUUGGUGUUGGCUGGAAUAACUUAAAUUGUAGAGUACGCAGGGCGCUGUUGCCUUUUAGAGAGAUUAAAUAAAUGAGGUUAAAUAUAUUAAAUGAGGAGGUGACUCGAGUCACCGUUUCGGUAUACCCCACUUUACGAUGCUAGUCUCAAUUUUUUUUAUUUGAAAAAGUUUAAAAUCAGGGGAUCAAUGCUUUCUUUCAUUUAAGAUAUGCAAAUUCCUUAAAAAAACGUCGUGACAAAGGUCCAAAGUCACUAACUUUUAUUUUCUUUCAAAAAGAGACUGCAGAGAACCCUGACGGAAAAUUCAGAGACUACAUGGUAACUUUAAGAUGUUACUGAAGUUGUCUUCAGCAUAUCAUUUGUCGAUAUCUUCAAAAAAAUGUCUAUAAUCAAUCUGCAGAACAUCAUUAUGCGAUAGUUGGAAGAAAUCCUUAUUGAUUCAUGACGCCAUUAUGUUGUUGAUUUCUUGAUUUGUGAAGUUCGAAUCAUCGAAUGAUGCUGUCUACAUUUUUGUUCUAAAAUAACAAAGAUAAAUUUUGCUGAA